AUGGAGGCCGAAACGCGAGAAAUGCAAAACCUCCGGCCUGUAGAUAGCCCUCCAGCCGAUGAUGCAAGCCAAACACCCCAAUUACCACCUGUAGACGGCGGGAAGGAUGCCUGGCUGUUUUUAGCAGCGUGCUUCAUCAUUGAGGCUCUGGUCUGGGGCUUUACGUUCUCCUUCGGAAUCUUCCAAGAUUACUACAGCAGCCAUGAGCCUUUCAAGGGCUCGGGCAAUAUUGCCAUCAUCGGCACCUGUGCAAUGGGAGUAUCCUACAUUUUGGCACCUUUGGCGUUUGCGCUGUUGAUCGCUGUUCCUCGAUUCCGUCGCUGGGCAACUCCCGUUGGCUUUGCGAUCAUGUGUCUCUCGUUGGCUCUCAGUUCAUUCUCGACAUCUAUCACCCACUUGAUUCUCUCUCAAGGCAUAGCCUAUGGAAUUGGCGCGAAUAUUGGAUAUGCGCCAACAAUAAUCUUUAUGAACGAGUGGUUUGUCAAGAAAAAAGGUCUUGCUUUCGGCACUAUGUGGGCGGGCACCGGGCUAUCAGGAGUUAUCCUACCCAUUGUUUUACAGUGGCUCCUUAACUCCUACGGAUUCAAGACCACACUUCGGAUAUACGCUCUUGUUCUAGCUUUCCUUUCAGCGCCAUUACUAUACUUUGUAAAGCCUCGACUACCAAUCUCACAAUCAUCUCGAUUCCGUCCAUUCGACCUUCGGUUUCUAAAAAGCUCGACCUUUCUGGUCUAUCAAGCUUGUAACGUUAUCCAAGCACUCGGCUUUUUCCUGCCAACUAUUUAUCUACCCAGCUAUGCCCGCUCCCUAGGAGCUAGCAAUCUCACCUCGUCUCUCACUGUUAUUCUUUUCAACCUAGCAUCUGUCUUUGGAUGCAUCAUCAUGGGGCACAUGACCGACCGCUAUGACGCCACGACUUGCUCGCUUAUCUCGCUCGUCGGAAGUGCCCUUUCUGUCUUUUUUAUCUGGGGAUUUUCAGUGACACUGACUCCACUAUACGUAUUUUGCAUCACUUAUGGCAUCUUUGCUGGGUCGUUUACUUCUUCCUGGCCCGCCGUGACCAAUGCAGUCCACCGAAAAGACCCGUUGGCUGAAAGCAGCAUCAUCUUUGGAUUUUUGGAGACUGGUCGCGGUAUCGGGAACGUGGUCAGUGGACCAUUGAGCGAAGCUUUGAUCAAAGGUUACCCAUGGAUGAAUGAUUUGAAGGGAGGAUAUGGCACUGGAUAUGGAACAUUGAUCAUCUUCACCGGGGUUACGGCAACACUCAGUACACUGAGUAUUAUGGCGCCUCCUUUGAAACGAUUGCUUAGUACUUAUUUCUAG